AGCGGCGUAAUCUGCAGUGAAAAGACAGUAGACAGUAGAGAAACGCGUGUGUCAAAGCCAACAGUUCGGCAGUAAUCAGUCAAAACUCUCUGGUUUGUAGAAAAUCAUGGCGGCUCCGGUGAAAAAACGUGAGGUCGAUGAAGCGACUAAAGACAACGAUGCUGAACCGAUGAGUAGUGACGAUAAUGAAGAUGAAGUGGACGACGAACAACAGGGAAUGGAAAUACAAGUUGAUUUUGAGGGAAGAAAUCCACAGGACAAUGAUUUUCAUGGAAUAAAGACUCUGCUGCAACAAUUGUUCCUGAAAGCGCACAUAGAUCUUGGAACUCUCACGGAUAUAAUAAUUUCUCAAAAUUAUGUUGGUUCUGUAGUCAAGCAGUCGGAUGAUGGCAACACAUCUGAUGACGAUGAGAGUGACGUUAACGAUGUUUUUGGUAUUACUACCGUCGUCAAUGUUUCGUCAACACAGCACAAUCCGUGUAUAUCGCAGCUCAGAGAUUUACUAUGUCAAUUGGCGAGUGAACAUGGCACCGAUGCUACAAAUGCCAUCGUAAAAACGGUGCUCGAGAAAGGUGCCCUGGGGUUGCUGAUAAACGAGCGUUUCGUCAACAUUCCUGCCCAAAUAUCCGUGCCGCUUCUUGAAAAUUUACUAGCUGAAAUGGAUCGCGCCACACGCAAGAACAUGGCUUUCAAAUUCGAUUAUUACAUCCUUAUUUGCAAAUUAUACAAAUACGCGGAGGGCCAAAGCGGCAAGAAACGGAAGAACAAGAAAAAAUCGGUGAACGAGGAUCCCGAUAUUUUAUGGAGUAACCCAGAAGAAGAGGUGCUCGCCGAAAACGCUUAUUGCUCGUUCGAGUUUUCCGUUGAAAAAGAUUCGGACAGUGCUUUAUCCGGCAAUUGGACUGAGGGCGACGCUGAAAUGGUCCCGUACAGACGAGUCCUUAUCCUCGAAGCACCCAAACUUCGCUCCAGCCUCGAUGAGAUAAAGCGUCUCGUAUCUUAACCAGCUUUAUUCCCAUGCGAAACGAUUUAGCUAUACACAUAUUUUUUAAAUAUAUACUACCGUUCAAAAAUCUGAACGUAGCCUGAGUUUUUCUUAAAAGUUAGAAAAUGUUUUUUACUCGAACAGAAAUUCAUAAAAAUAAUCGAUCAAUGAGAACGUUAUUAAUAAAUAACGUUAAAGUAACGUAAUCUCGCUCUUGAACGAGUAAAAUUUGUAUUCAAAAUCGAAUGGUAGAUCGACCCAACGACGUGAGUGCAAGACAUGCGGAUAUUUUCAGUUCAGCGAAAUUUCUAAAGCUCGAAUUGAAAAAUUGAAUAAUUAUACCCAAUUGAUCAGUUUAAAUGAUGAAAAAUGAGAUCAUCCGGUGAAAAAAAGAUACACCGAUCUGACAUCGCAAGAAAGUUUCGUUUGAAUUGUUUGUUAAUUUGUUGUAUUGUGUUGAAUAUAUUAAUAAAAAAUUUAAUAUUGAGUUCCAUCAA